UUUCUGCCUCAAAAAUCCUGGUGCCAUCGACAAUGGUGACAAUGGAAACAAGGCUAUUAAUGCUUAUUACAAAACCAAGGAAGAUGUGCAAAUGAUGAAGAAAAUGGGUCUAAAAGCCUACAGAUUCUCAAUUUCAUGGAGUAGACUAUUGCCAGGUGGAAAAGCUAGCAUGGGCAUCAACCAGGAAGGUGUUGACUACUACAAUAACCUAAUCAAUGAGCUGAUAGAGAAUGGAAUUACACCAUGUGCCACUCUCUUUCAUUGGGACCUUCCCAAUGCCCUAGAGGAAGACUACAUGGGAUUUUUAUCUGAACUAGUUGUACUUGAUUUUGUGGAUUAUGCGGAAUUUUGCUUCUGGGAAUUUGGUGAUCGGGUGAAGCAUUGGAUCACAUUGAACGAGCCGUAUACCUUUGCUGCUAUGGGUUAUGCUUACGGGACAAUGGCACCUGGGCGAGGAGGAGGAGAUACCGAAACUCAGCAACCCGUACUCGCAUCUGGAAAUAGUCUUGGAACUCGUAAUCGUGCAAGAGCUUUCAACAAUAAAGAGGCUGGGAAUCCUGCCACUGGGAAUCCUGUCACGCUAAUACUGUCAGACUAUACAGAGAUAGAUUCAAGCCAAGGGGGUGUGAUCGGAAUUACGUUAAACACACAGUUUUACCAGCCACUUGAUCCAACCAGUCAGGAUGACAAGGAUGCAGCCAACAGAGGCAUAGACUUUAUUUUCGGAUGGUUCAUGAACCCAAUAUUUAAUGGCAAGUACCCCCAGAGUAUGAUAGAUAAUGUUACGGAUGGCCGUUUGCCUGAAUUCACAGAUAAGCAAAUCGAGUUAUUGACCGGAUCCUUCGAUUUUCUUGGGUUGAACUACUAUACUGCUCAAUACGCCACCACUGCAGCACCAACUGAUGUCGUCUCCUACUUGACAGAUAGCAAGGUCCAUCAACAGCCAGAUGAUCUGAAUGGGAUACCUAUCGGUCCACAGUCGAUUAUAAUUUGCUUAAAUUACAUCCAAUUUAUCAACCUAACAUGGUUUGUUUUGGUUAAUAUGCAAACAAAAAAAGAUAAGAAUGUCCUUGUUGUUGGCACGUGA